UUCCAGGCAACCUUUGUUCGCUGGGCAUUUGUUUCGUCGCGCAUCACCGCUGCGCUCUUCGAAACUACCCGGUUUGCAUCAACAAGAGCAAAGUCCGAUUCUACAGCACGGCAAUUGAUGAUUAUUGCAGUUCUGCGUCGACACAAUGACCGACAAGCUGCCCCCCAAUUUGCUAGCUCUCUUCGCGCCGCGGCCACCACUGCGAUGGGUUGAAGGGCCAGACUACGCGCCCGAGAAGCGCAAGACUGCCAACUUUACCGGUGUCGCUGCGUUUUUGCCAGAGCUGCAAAAGUACAAGGAGACAGAGUUCGCUGCCCCAACUGAAAGUUGGUUGGAAGCAGAUGACCGAAAGAAGCAGGAGAAGAAGGCCGCUGUACAGGACAUGGCAGACAACCUGUCCAAGUAUUACACACCUAGCGAAGACCCCAACAUUCGUGGCGACCCGUUCAAAACUCUUGUUGUUGCUCGUCUCAGCUACGAUGCGGAUGAACGCGACCUAGAACGGGAAUUUGGCAGAUUCGGUGCCAUUGAACGUAUCCGAAUCGUUGUCGAUACCCACGCCCCCGAAAAGACAAAUAAGAAGAAGAAGCCUCAUAGAGGCUAUGCCUUUGUGGUAUUCGAACGAGAAAAAGACAUGCGAGCAGCAUUAGAUUCCUGCGACGGCAUCCGUAUCAAAGAUCGACGAAUCAAGGUGGAUGUCGAGCGUGGCAGAACCGUCAAGGGCUGGAAGCCUCGCCGCCUAGGAGGAGGACUCGGUGGCCGUGGAUACACCCGUGCCAUGCCUGCACGUCCAAGUGCACCCGGCGGCGGUGGUGGUUUCCGCGGCGGCGGUUUCCGUGGCGGCUUUGAGGGUGGUCGUGGUCGUGGAGGUUUCCGUGGAGGCCGAGGAGGUGGUGGCUUCCGUGGUGGUGAUAGAGAUUUUGGCGGCCCCCGCGGAGGUGACCGCAACGGACACGGUCCUCCUGGCGGUGCUCCGUCGGGUCCUGGUGGCUACGACCGACGCAAUGGCGACCGUGGAUUUGACUCCCGUAGCGGAGGCCGUUUCGAUGAUCGCCCGGAUAGAUUCCGCGAUGGUGGACGUGAUGGCGGACGUGAUGGUGGUUCUCGCCACGGUGGUCCCCCUCGCCAUGGUGGUGACCGUGACGGUGGUCGUCGUACUGGUGGCAACAUGGAGCCUAUUGGCGCCCGGGAUGGUGGGUAUCGGGAUCGCGAUAGGGAGCGUGAUCGUGAUCGUGACCAGCAUCGAGACCGUGACCAACACCGGGACAGAGAUCGCGACUACGACAGACCGAGAGAUGACGACAGCCGUAAGCGCGGGUACGAAGGAGGUGGCUAUGAGGACCCCAGAAAGCUUCGACGCUACUAAGCUCUUCUUCCGUAGCCACCAACUCUCCUUGCACCACUUGCCACCAUGGCUUCCUGUUGCCAUGGGGUAGGCUUUGGUAAGGCUAGCAGCUGUUGCUGCACACAGGUUUGAACCAAUCGUCUUCUUCAAGAGGAAGCUUAUGGUAAACAGCCGACUUGUAGCCACUGGCUGUUUCUGUGGCAGCACCACCUCUUUGGUUUUUCUAUGUAUUUUAUAAGGUGUUAUUGAUUUCGAAAAGGCGGAGUAAGUAAUUUGAUGAUGGGAAAGGACGUAUGCUUGUUAGCGACUCAUAUCAUAGGAUUUGAGGUAAGGUCAGACAUAUCUACCACCAGCAGAGCUCUUUAUUUCACAGUGGCCACGUUUAGCACAAAAAGGGUAUCCUUAAAUAAAAAGCAAGAUAUGUUCAAAGUAGAUGUGUGUUGGUCAUGUAUUUCAAAAACAGUGCAAUCUAAGGAAGAGCCAACUGGCCACCUCUCUAUGUACAACACAACAUGUAUAUCCCAACCGAUACCAACGCCAAAAUAGAUUUUUUGAGAAUGCCGUUUUGUUUCAAUCCAUUUUAUCAAAAUGAUUUUAUCUUAUACUUUUCUGGUCGUCAAAUAGGUGUCGCAGCGGCGCUCUUACUCCUCAGCCUCAACACCGUCCAUAGACGAGCCGUCAAGCUCGGUGACUUCGGUGGAGGAGGAGCUCCAGUAACUAGAAAAAUGUUAGCAAUCAAGAACUAAUCACAAAAUGGGUAUGUUGAGCCAAAAAGCUUACGCAACAAGCUGGACCUUGAACUCGCUCAGGCAGACACUGAACAUCUUGAGGAGUCUGGUCUGUCUGGAGUCAAGAACAUCGCCUUCCUUGCAGACGGUAUAGUCCUCGCCCUCGCCGUCCUCAUCACCCAAAACAACCUUGCCCUUGACCAUGCGGACGGGGACGUUGAGUCUGCGCAGCUCAGGCUCAAGGGUGUGCUCAAUGGGGACGUCGUUCUCAGCGGGGACCUCGCCGGCGGUCGAGUAGAUAACGCCAGAGGGGAUCUUGAAGGUGCGGGUGGCAACAACGCCGGCGCGGGCAAAGUCAACGAGAGAGAGGUUGUUGAAGUAUUCCUGGAUGUCCUCAACAGAUCGGUUGGUGAGGAUCAGGCCGACGUUGCCAGUCAGGUAGCGGUUGAGGCGCUCGAUGCCGGGGGCAAUGGCCUCUUCGGGGGUUUGGCCAAGAGCCUUGGCUGUGAGCUUAGUCUUGCCAAAGAAGAUAC